AUGUCUGAGUACAAUCCGCGGCAACUUUCUCACCGCCGCAUCGCCUCAUAUGAAAACCCCGCCAACAUUCAUCAGGGCAAGCGAAAUGUCACUCUCAACGAUGGUGACUCUGCUCUUAUCAGCCAAUACCUGAUGCUGCUUCUGUUUACUCUGAGUGCAGCGGCUGUGCCACCGAGAGAUGACGAGCUGAAUGAAGCUGCGCGGAGAGUGUUGAUUUCAACAUGA